UAAUUGCUUUAAAAUUUUCCACUGGAUCUACUCUGUAAUCGUACAUUUCCAAACUUUGCGUCUGCCUACAAAGAGAAACGUUUUGUUGCAAAAUAAACAAUAUCUGACUUUGCUUACCGCCGCUCAUUUUGACGAAGAUGUUGUUUUUCAACUAUUUUUCUAAUAAACUUCGUCUGAUGAUCUAGAAUGUGAAAUGAAAUUCGUUCAUUGACAUAUAUAUAUGUCAAUGAAACGGAUAUUUUAUUUUAGUUUUAAUGCGUAAAGUAUCGACGUUAGUCCUGAAGAAAGUAUGCCAACGUUUGUGACUUGCAGUGUUUGUGAAAAAACAGUUACAAAAGGAAAACUGAAAUUUUAUUAUAUCAGAACUCAAGAAGUUGACAAAAGACUUAAGCGUGGUUACUUUGAGUUACAUCACCGAGAACUUGAGCAACCGUUAAUCAACACAAACGUACAUAGCAAAUGUUAUGAUCGGUUAUUUUACCAUUCAAGAGUGGCAUUGUCAAAAACAGUAUCACCCGUAGUUCCCUUAUUCGAUCGUUCCAAUAUUUUAUCAACCUUAAUAACUAAUACUUGCCUUGCAAAAGGAAAUGCACAACACGUUGUUGGAAAAUCGAAAAAUAAUUCCUCUAUUUCAUACUCAAUCAAUGAAUUUGUUUCGAAUAAAGAAAAUUAGGAUUUAACACAAAUCGUUCGACUCACAAACUGUGUGUUAGGUAACACCUAACUACUAUUCUUAACUUAGCUGAAAAUUUUGAAUUAUUUUAUUCUUAGAUAAUGGGAAGCACAAUACUUGUAUUACCAACUUAGGAGAAAAAAAUUCCGCCAAUACACAGAACCAAAUUCCAAUUUUAGGAUAUGUGUCAAACGCGAAUGACGAUGAACAAAUAACUGUUCUAUCAAAGUCACAAUCUCAUAAAGAAAAGUCGCAAAAAGUCGUGUUCUCCUACCCAUCUAAUACAAAUCCAUUAUCAGAUGACUUACCUGAAUUAACUGUUAAUGACAUGGUAGAAUUACUUCCACCGUCAGCAUAUAAUAUAAAUGGAAUUACACCGUUACCAGAGACUGUUGUUAAAAUAGUGGCUUCAGUUCUUGAACAUUUAGUAGAAUGUGUCAUGUUGACUGAUCAAUAUGAGAAGAACGGAGAAAUAUCUACAGAAGUACCACCAGAACCUUUCAAACGUGUUUACACUCAACGUUCAUUUUCGUCACUACCAGAUCUAGAAAUCCAAAUGAACCAGCACCAAUAUUUAUUUCAAACAAUGGAUGCAUUUCCACGACUCGAUGAAGGAGGUCAUACCUUGAAUGAUUCGGCUUCUAGUUUAGAACUAAUUGAUACUCCAACAGUAAAAUCUCGGAGAUGGUUGCGUACAUCCACGUCAAAACCUCUGUUGUAUAAACGUAAGUGCAUUAAAAGUCGCCAAAGUUCUCAUCCAUCAAGCGUAUGGAAAUCAAUGAACACAAAUGGUCCGUGUCUCUUUGAUGAAAAUCAUAUAUCCAUUUUGUAUAAGAAUGCUAUUAAUGAAUUACAUGGAUGGCUGUUAUACACAUUAAAAAACGGUGAUCUACUACCAAUGACCGAUGUUAAGAUAAAAUACCAGGAUAUGUUAAAACGACGUCAUGAAGCAUAUGAUGAAGUUGUUCAAACUAUUCGACUACGUCAGAAACUGGAAAAUAAUUUCAAAAAUGAAUUUCAUUUUGUUAAACUGUCAAAUAAGAAAGGGACGUAUAUUUGUUUGAAUGACAUUAGCACUUACGCACGGUUAGCGUUAUCCUCAGCAAACGAUGAAUCGCAAAUUAAUGAUCAAUCAACAACAGAAAAUACACGAUCAACAUAUGAAACACUAUUUGCUGCAAUAAAAUUUUUACGUAAAAAAAUUAAUGACGGUUUCCAUGUAUUUGAAACAGUGAAUAAAAACAAGAAUACAUUAGCCGAGUUUACAAUUAAUUUAUAUAAUGAUUACGUGCCGUUGUUAUUACGAAAUUUUCUGGGUUUUUUAACAAUUAAUGAUAAAAAAUUUGACAAAAUGCAGUACGAUUUUGACCUUUUUAAAAUAUUGGACGAAGAUUUAUUCAGAAAAUCACAUAAAUGGUUGAAAAUAGCAUCAGUUGGAUAUGAUAUAAUGAACUGUAAAAACGAUAAUUAUGUUAGUCCGAAGCAUUAUCUACUUGGAAACGAAGUGUUUAAACAUGAAAGAUCAUUAGAUUUGUUAACCAUAUUAAAUCGUUUUGGACAUACAUGUUCAUAUCGCAGCAUCGUGAAAUUGCACCAACAAAUAGCUGAAAAAGAGUCAUUCUCGUCUAGUAUACCCAAGUCAAUGAUACCAAAUAGCUUUGGAGUCAAGGUUGCAGAUAACUUUGACUUGAACAAGCAAACACUCCGUGGAGAAAAUAGCUUACACAUAUUAAACCAAAUUAUCAUUCAAAAUCCAGAGAAUGAAGAACAAAUAAAUACAACACCAGUAGUGGCAUGUGACUCAGAUAAAGACCUAGCAGAAUGUGUCAUGAGGGCUAAUCCUCAUGAAGAAUC